AUGGCCGAUCAACCUAUUGUGAUCAUCGGGGCGGGAAUCAGUGGCCUCGUCCUCGCACAGUACCUGAAGCACCGGGAUAUUUCGUUUGAGAUCUUCGAUCGUGACUCCGCUAUUGAUGCCCGCAGCGGAGGAUGGGGUUUGACGCUGCAUUGGUCACUCCCUGCCCUGCGCGAGCUUUUACCAGAGCACAUUGUCAAGCGUUUUCCCGAGACUUUUGUUAACAAGGAAGCCUCGGCCCGCGGUGAUACCGGUCGCUUCCAAUUUUUCGAUCUUAAGUCGGGUGAGGCAUUGUACAACGUCCCCGCUGCUGAGCGCAUUCGCGUCAGUCGGGUUCGCUUGCGUGAACUACUUUCUACAGGUGUGAACGUUCAGUGGAACAAAACUCUUCUGAAUAUUGAGUCGUCUGCCGAUACCAUCACGGCGCAUUUCAAGGAUGGCGCGUCCCACACCGGGAAGCUACUGGUAGCAUGUGAUGGCGCCCGGUCGCACACACGCGAGAUUCUUUACCCAGGCGUGCAGAUGAAUCCGCUACCAGUACAACUUCUCGGUGCAUCGACCCUGUACACCGCGGAGGAAUUGGGCGGUGUCGAAUCUAUCGAUCCUUAUAUUUUCCAGGGUUCCCAUCCCGACUCAAACGUCUUCCUAUUCUUUAGCUUCCUAGAUACACCGAGUAACUUCGAAACUAGCAGCAAGGACCGCUAUGAGUGUCAAAUCAUCGUUUCUUGGGCUGACUCCAAAAACAUCCCCGUCCCAGAAGCGAACGCCGAGCGCAUCGCGCUGAUGAAGAAGUUGACCGAGAACUGGUCCGAACCAUUCCGAUCACUGGUCCACAGACUCCCCGAUGAUGUUGAAGGGCGAUCGAUUCGUCUCGAGGACUGGAUGUUCAAGCUCGGCAGGGAGCACGCGCAUCCCCGGGCGGUGAUGGUCGGAGAUUCCGCUCACACAAUGACGAUGUUCCGCGGCGAAGGCGCGAACAAUGCCAUCGUUGAUGUGUUGGAUCUUGUGAAGCGUAUUGAUAUGCAGAACGCAAGUGCUUUCGAUUCCGAGUCUUUGCCAUCCUCGCUCGCUGCAUACGAGAACGAUGUCUUCACACGAGCGGAGCCCAGCUACCGUAACUCCAGACAGGCGUGUCUCGAUGCCCAUGAUUUUACGAAAAUUGAAGGAAGUCCGCUCGUUGCCUUGCGCGAGUUGAAGUGA